GAUCUUGUACUGUUAAUAAUUGCAAUAAUUCAGUCAAAUCUUACAGAAAUAUAAUACAAGCUCUUAAAGAUAAAAUUGAUCUAUAUUUUGAUUCACAAUAUAAUUAUUUAAAAGUUAAUCAAGAUCAAAUUUGUUUUGAAUAUUAUAUGAAUAUUGUUAAUUUUGUUGCAAAUCAAACAUCUGAAAAUACAAAACCAAGAACUUUUAUAGAUUUAGAUGAUAUUAUUGAAUAUA